AUGAUACUCAACUUCGGCGUCUGUGCAAAGACCCCGAGAAGCUCCGUUUGUUUGAGAGUCAGACGGCGAGGAGAGGUCGGUACUGAGAAAGUUAUCAAAGAAUGGAGGAACAACACCCACUACAACUGGCUGAAUUCACACUGCAGUCUCUUCCUGUUUGUCCUGUCAGACCUAUCAGACGCCAUCUUGCACUCGAUGCAGCGCAGCCGGCGCCUUCUCUUCGUCCUCAGCCCCGACUUCCUUGCAGAAAAGAGCUUCAGCCUCCUGGAGUGUCGUCUGGGACUGUACCUCCAACACGCCCGCCAGGCCUCCACUGUCUCCGUCGUCUACCGCUCCGUCAGUAAACUACCCUGCGUGGAGGUCGCUCAGCUCCGCCAGGCCGCCACCGCCACCGUGACAUGGCGAGGGAGUCGAUCCGAGCCGCGUCGCUCCCGGUUCUGGCUGCGGUUGCGGCUGGUGCUGCCCGUGCGUCCUCUCGCGAUGGGCCGGAGGUUAAUUGACAGCACGUCGUCGCACUCGGACCUGGCCGCCAUGGCGCUGCAGAGAGCGCAGCGGAUCCAGAACCAGAGAGCCAAUCAGAGCCGCAGAAAUAGGAGGGCCAAUCAGGGCAGAGACAGGCAGGCCCCGCCCAGUGGGAGGGGCCGGGUGAGUAAGGCGGAGGGCCACAGCAGGAGCUGCUCGGGGUGCACUACCGUCAUUGGUCAGGUGGAGGACAGGGGGGCGGAGCUAACAGUAGAGAUGCAGCAGGUGUCACAUGACAGGACUGUCCCAGAAACAGAGCCCGCCCACAUUCCAGACUCCACCCACGAUCCUCCCUCAACUCCUGACCCCAUACCCGACCCGGACUCUGACCCCGCCCACAAGCCAAACAGCGACGGAGAGGAACGGCAGCAGAUGAUUGGUUCAGGGACCUCUGAGGUGACAGUGAUGUCAGCAGGAAAAGGGGAGGGGCUUGUGGUACAUAUAAACCAACCAAUCAGAAUGUAGCAAUAUGACCCCGCUUACACUAACUCCGCCCCUUAAACCCAACUGAGACUCUGAUGAAGACCAGAGGAAUGCUGCAUUCAGGUUACCCUGGGAAAGAUGGGACAACAGGAAACUGAAUUAUACUUUAUAUUAAACCUCUUUUUAUACCUUCACACACGAGGGUUGUUAAUGCUAAUGCUGCUUCACAGACUUUAACUGAACAGAUGUUUGUCUGGGCCUCAGUUCAUGGAGAUAAAAAACUAGACUGUAUAAAAAUUAUGUUGGUGUUAUAUUAUUAUCAUAUCAUAAAACUGACGGCUGUCUGACAGUGUGAAAGCCGUCUCUCCUUCAGAACCUGAACGCAGCAUUUCACUCCUCUGUCCUUAGAGAUAAAAUCAGCUGAUUCCAGUAAAGAGAGCAUGAAGAUAAAGUGACUUCCUUUAAUGAAAAUAUGUAAUUCAAUAUUCAUAAAACUGUGAAAAUGCCUUAUUUUAUAUCUCAAAAUAUUUGUUGUUGAUGACGAAUCAAUAUGAUUAAAAUCUCAUUGUUUGAA